AUGGGAAGAUGCGUAUCUUGCAAAAAAUCAACGACAGAAAAAGGAUUAACAUUUCACAGAUUCCCAGCUAAUGAAAUUGAAAGGCAGAAAUGGAUCGAAAAAUUGGGGAAACCACUCUGGGUACCUGCCAAAACAGCGGUUCUUUGCUCUAACCAUUUCACGAGUAAUUGUUUUGAGCGCUGGUGGAAUAUUACAAGGUUACGCAAAGGCAGCGUGCCCACGAUUUUUCCACAAGCUGCAAUUAAGACACACAUCAGUUUGGAUGAAGGCCAGGUUUCGCAUAAAAAAUUAAAGGUUGACAUAUCAACUACAACAAGUACAACACCUACGACAAGUAUUUCACCAUCUGCUCCGACGAGAAGAAUGAACUGUGUGGAGGAGUCUAGUUCUGAAGAAGCAAUACUUCCCUCAAUAAGUCCUGAAAUUUCAAUACCAACCUAUACUACUCCAACUCCGAAGGCUUUUACUUCUCGGGAAAAAGUAAAAACUAUGCUCACACCAAAGACAUCACGGCGGCGAGACUUAGUCAAACACGAUCACCAUUACGAAGAUACUCCUCAGACAAGUAAAAAAAAACUAGAUCUUAUGCGGCAAAAAUAUGAAUCAUCCCAAAAAAAGGUUAAAGCUUUGAAGAGACAAGUCAGUCAUCUAAAAACCACAGUAUAUUCCCUGAAAAAAGCAGCGCACCAUAUGAGGGUCACGCAAGAGACGAAUGGCAGCAAUACUGAGAUGCUUCGGGGAAAUCCCUAA